AUGUGUGAACCAGAAGCCUGCACUCUGCUAAGGUUUCUGUUGAGGGUUUUUGCAACAACCUGCACUGGAGAAACAACCUCACACUUGCAGAGGAGGAAGCGUGACGCCCAGCUGCUCGCCUGCACCACUGCCCAGCUGCUCGCCUGCACCGCUGCCCAGCUGCUCGCCUGCUCCACUGCCCAGCACCCCAGUGCCCCAGCGGCCUACAGUUCCUGCGUACAGUUCCUGUACCACGGCGGCCAUCACUCCCUGCUGGAUUGCAGCAGUCCCCAGUUCCCAGAAUCCCUGCUGGAUCAGAGCAAUCCCCAGUUCCCGGACUCCCUGCUGGAUCGCAGCAGCCCCCUGUCCCAGGACUCUCUGCUGGAUCGUAGCAGUCCCCAGUUCCCGGACUCCCUGCUGGAUCACAGCAGCCCCCUGUCCCAGGACUCUCUGCUGCAUUGCAGCAGCAGCCCCCUGGACUCCCUGCUGGAUCGCAGUCGCCUCCUUUCCCAGCUGGAUUGCAGCAGCACCAAUCCCUUGCCACCGCUGGAUCGCAGCAGCACCAACCCCUUGUCGCGCUGGAUUGCAGUCGCCUCAUUUCCUGGCUGGAUCGCAGCAGCACCAACCCCUUGUCGCCGCUGGAUUGCAGUCGCCUCCUUUCCUGGCUGGAUCGCAGGAGCACCAACCCCUUGCCUCCACUGGAUCGCAACCACCUCCUUUCCUGGUUGGAUCGUAGCAGCACCAAUCCCUUGUCGCCACUGGAUCGCAGCAGCAGCCAUCUCUAGACACCACUGGAUCGCAGCAUGCCACUGAACCGUCUGCUGGAUUGCAGCACUCCACUGAAUUCUCUACUGGGUCACAGCAGCAGAAGCAUUCUCUGCCCUUCUCUGCCCACCCUUCUCUGCCAGAGUGGCAGGCUUCCUGUCCUGCUGUCCCGUCACCGGGCCCUGAUCUGGUUCUCCGGCCUCCGCCCUUGCCGCUGGCCUCCAGAAGGGUCUCAUGUUCGCUGCCGGCCUCCAAAUGGGUUUCAUCUUCCCCACUGGCCUCCAGAAGGGUUCUGUCUUUGCCGCCAGCCUCCAGUGACCUUCUGCCUGUGUCGCCGGCAUGCUGCCAGGCCUCCAGGUGUUUUUGGUCUUCGACGCAGACCUGUGUUUGUUUGCUUUCCCUCCAGUUUUGAUUGUUGGCCCCUCCUUGAUUGUUUGCACCUGUAUCUCGUUGUCUCACCUUCCUUAGUGCAUUUAGUCCGGGUCUUGUCCUUUGUUCAUUGUCGAAUCAUUGUGUUCCUGUCAUGUGUGUGUGUGUCGCCAUUAUGUGCAUUUUUCGUUGUACCUUGCUGCCGUGCCCUGUUCCCAGCAUUUCUUACCAUGAGUUUGUUUGUAUGGAUUCUUUGUCUCCCUUGGGCCGUGUCUGGAUUUUGGACUUUACAUUUUGUGUGCUCUCUGUCUGAUUUGUUUAGCCUUGUUGAACUCUUUUCUUGGUUUCUACCUCUACCAUCCGGUUAUCCAUUUUCUAUUACCUGGACCUGUAUCUGCCUACCUGCCUGUUACCUGUUUGUUGCCUGUUGCCUACCGGCCUGUCUGCCUGUACCUGCCUAAGCUACUUCACCCCAAUAAACACUGGUCCUGGUGCUUAUUUCAUACAUUUUAAUAACUCCCAAUUCAUGAUAAAUCAGAUAGACUUCUUAAUUAAGGUGAACUGAAAUCUUCUCACAGUUG